AUGGAGGCUCACGUGGAUACAUCCGACGGUGCAGAUUCACGCGAGGGAGCAGGCGCGCAGGCGCAGCAGCCGCCGGACGGAGGAUAUAACUCCACCGGAGCAGUGGCCGCGGGUUCAAGCAGCGCGGCUGACGCAUAUUCAGGCGGCGCGACAGACGCAAAUACCUUUGUGGCUCGCAAUGUGGUGGAACUUGCGACUACACCGAAGACCUUGGCAGGUAAACUGCCCGAGUGUACAUCCCACGAAGCUUCACAAGAGCAAGGAGCUAAGGCGUCGGUGGAGGAGGAGAAGGAACAGCGAGCACCAGGCAACGAGAUGGCGUCGCCGUUCUCUGGAACAAUUCCGACAAACGAAUCUGGCGCGGACAAUGCGGGUGCAUCCGAGAAUGAUGGCGUUCGCCACGGCCGCAACGACGGUCGCUCGACCGGAUUGGCGGAGAAUUACGCUUCAGAGCCCCUAACGCCUCCUGAGGUGCUUCAGAAUCACUCUUCAGGGCCCCUGAUGGCCGUAAAACCCAUGGCAUCGCAGGAGCAUGCACGCGCGGAAGAUGCGGGGAAGGACGAGGCGGAAGAUCUGGCGCUACUGGCGAUGAUUGGCGCGAUUCAGGGGAGGCCGGCGCGAAAGAAUGCGGAGUGCGUGGCCGGUGUCGCGGCGAAUGCCGGCACCGGACCUUGCUGUAUCGCGAAUGCAGGCGAAUUCGGCGAAGAAAAAGCCGUCCUUCACGGCAACGGUGUAGCUCGAGAAGGUCCAGCCUGCGAAAUUGCCAUGGCCGCUUCGCUGCCCAUCCAGUCCGCCGUUCCCGAGAACUCGUUUCCGGCGGAGCGAGUCGGAACCCGCGGAGAGGCGGAAGGCAAGCGCGCGGAGCUGUCGGAGCUGCAGCGCGAGCUGCGGGAAUUGGGGGCGGCGCUUCAGGCGGAGGCGGAGAGGGAGCGCGUGCUAGAGAGCGAUAUAGAGGCGUCGGAAAGCGGGCGGGAGGAGGAGGAGCGGAGUGCGGAAGAGAGCACGGCAGAAGGAGGAGGGAUUGAGAAAUGCGCGGAAGAUAGCGGGAUCGAUAUCUCAUGUGAAGAAUCGGAGGGAAGCAAUGGCACCGUGGACGUGCGCAGUGGCAUUUGCUUUGGCGUCUCGCCUUCUGGACAAGAGGCCGCUAGAGACUCGCGCUGUGCUGCUGGGUGCUUACACGGGAGUGUCGAAAGCCUCGAGAGCGGAGUGCAGGGAGUGCAGGGGGGAGAGAGGCCAGGUGCGGGGAAGCACGGCGCGCGGAACGGCCGCGGGAGCAGCGUUUGGAAGAAUGCGGCGGCGCAUGGGAGGGGCCGCGGGCGGCUUGCGCUUGCGCCGCACGGUGUGCGCGGGGUUCCCGAGACGGCCGGGGUGGUGAAAGGACGUGAGCAGCAGGGGCAGCAGCGGGAGUGGGAGGCUGAGCGGCGGAUUCGGCGGGCGGAGGCGGUGGGGCGGAAGCGAGCGGAUGCUGAGAGAGGCGCGGAGAAAGGAGGGGUUGAGAGGAGGUUGCAGGAGGUGGAGAGGAGGGAGAGGGAGCUGAAGGAGUGGCAGAAAAAGUUGGAGGAGCGAGAGAAAGAGAUGGACGAGAAUGAUGAGAAGAAAAAAGAGGUGGAGAGAUGGGCGGAGGAGGUGAGGGGUGCGGAGGCAGCGGUUAAGGUGAGAGAGGAGGAGGUGGAGUGGCGGGGGGUGGUGAUUGGGAAGCGAGAGGAGGACGUUGCGGGGCGCGAGGAGGUCGUGGGUCGACGGGAGGAGAAGGUGGUUGCAUUAGAGGAGGGGGUGAAGCGGCGAGAGCAGGAGGCUGAUACGAGGACGCGUGAGGUGGAGGGGAGGGAGGAAGAGGCGGAAGAGAGGCGGAGGAUGAUGGAGGGGGAACUGGAGAGGUUAGCAGGGGAAUUGGCGCAAGUGGAGAAACUGAGAGAGGCGUGCGGGGAGAAGGAGGCAGAGGCGGAGAGGCGAGGAGAGGAGGUGAAGGGACGAGAGGAGGAGGUUAAGAGGAAGGAGGAGGAGGUGAUGGGACGAAAGGAGGAGGUUAAGAGAAGGGAGGAGGAGGUGGAGAGGCGAGAGGAGGAGGUCAAGGAACGCGCUGAGCACGUAGGAGAGCGGGAGGAGGAGGUGGAGGUGAAGGGUCGAUUGGCAGAGGUGGAAGAAGAAGCGGGCGAGGUCAGGAGACGAGUGAAGGAGGUGGAGGAGAGGGAGGGGGCCGUGGGGAGGAAGCAGGAGGAUUUAAAUAUUAAAGAGGAACAAGUUGUGACGGCGAAGGGAGAGCUGGUGAGGAGAGAGGGGGAGUUAAAGGUAAAAGGGGAAGAAGUAUCGCAGAAAGAGGUAGAGAUGAAGCAGAAAGAGGAGGUGAUGGAGAGGAGAGAGAAGGAGUUGGCGGAGAGAGGAGAGGAAGUGGCGAGGGCAGAGAAGGAGGUGCAGCAGCAGCUGCUGGCUUUGGACGAGAAAAUGAAGGGGGUAGAGCAGGAGAAGGAAGAGGUCACGAAGAGGGAAACAGAGGUGGGUUUACGAGAGGAGGAGGUGGGAAGGAGAGAAAGAGACAUUGCUGAGAAAGAGGAGGAGGUGGUGAGAAGAGAGGGUGAGUGUGUGGAGAGGGAGAGUAGGGUGGAGGAGGAGAUGGAGGGGAUGAGGGAGGCGAUGGGGCGGGUGGCGAGAGGGGCGGCUGGGAACGUGGAGAAGGAAGCAGAAGUGGAGGAGGCAAGGAGGGAGGUGAGGGAGAUGGAGGAGCAGGUGGAGGGGAGACGGCAGGAGGUGGAGCGGCAGGAGCAGGAGGUGCAGGCGCGGGCAGAGCAGAUGCAACGGCUGCUGGAGGAAGUGGAAACGCGCGAGAAGGCCGUGGGCGUGGCUCAAGGGAACGAGAGGGAGGUGGCAGAGGUGAUGGCGGCGAUGGGAAGGAAAGAGGCGGAGUGGAAGGAGAAGGAGCUGCAGCUGCAAGCAGAGGUGAAGGAACUGCAGAGGGAGAAGGAGGCGAUGCAGGAGAAGGAGCGGGAAGCGGUUGUUGGGAGGGAGGCGAGUGAGAUGGAGGAGCAGAUGGGUGUGUUGACAGAGAUGAGGGAGAAGAUGGAGGUGCGAGAAGGGGAGCUUGUGGAGUGGGAGGAGAGGGUUAAGAGGCGAGAAUUGGAGGUGGAGGAAAGAGAGAGAACGGUGGAAGGGAGAGAGGAGGCGACGGGAAGAAAGGAGAGGGCAGUGGAGGAAAGGGGGGAGAGAGUGGGGGAGAGGGAGAGGGCAGUGGAGGAAAGGGAGGAGAGAGUGGGGGAGAGAGAGAGGGAGGUGAAUGGGCGAGAGAAGGAAGUGGGGGAGAAAGAUGAGAAGGUGAAGGAGAGAGAAGACAAAGUGAAGGAGAGGGAAGAGAAAGUGUGUGUAAAGGAGGCGGAGGUGAGAGCGGCAGAGGAGGAGGUGGGUGCACGGGCGAGGUUGGUGGAGGAGGACACAGUGCGGGUGUGUGGAGACAUGGUCCGUGCAGAGGUGCUGCUGAGCGAGGCCCAGGGACGAGCAGCAGAGGUGGAGGGACGAGUGGCAGAGGUGGAAAAAAGAGAAGCCGAGGUGGAAAAGCGUGAGGCGGGGGUUGAGAGGAGUGAAGCUGCGGUGAAGGAGAGAGAGGAAGAGGUGGAGAGGAGAGAGGAAGUGAGGGCUGCUGAGCUGCAGCGGAGGGAGGAGGAGGUAGGGCAGCGAGAGAAGGAGGUGGAGAAGCGAGAGGAGGAGGUGAGUGCGGCGCAGAGGAACGUGCGGGUGAAAGAGGAGGUGGUGGAUAGGCAGCUUCGGAUGGUGAUGGAAAGACAGGAGGAUGUGGCGCGGAGGGAGGAGCAAAUGAGGGACGAGGAGGAGGAGAAGGGGAGGGAAGAGGAGAACGCGAUGAAAGAACGGGAUUUGGAGUUGGAGAGGAGGGGUGGGGAGAGGGAGGUGGAGGUGGCUGAAAGGGAAAGGCAAGUGGUUGAGAGAGAGGAGGAGGUGAGGAGGAGAGAGGUUGAGUGUGUAGCGAAGGAGGGAGAGGUGGGGGAGAGGGAGAGGAGGGUGGAGGAGGAGAUGGAGGGGAUGAGGGAGGCGAUGGGACGGGUGGCGAGGGGGGCGGCAGGGAACGUGGAGAAGGAAGCUGAGGUGGAGGAGGCGAGGAGGGAGGUGAGGGAGAGGGAGGAGCAGGUGGAGGGGAGACGGCAGGAGGUGAAGCGGCAGGAGCAGGAGGUGCAGGCGCGGGCAGAGCAGGUGCAACGGCUGCUGGAGGAGGUGGAAUCGCGCGAGAAGGCCGUGGGCGUGGCUGAACGGGAGAGUAAUCUGAUACGAGAGAGGAAAGAAAUAGACGCAGCAGCUUCCAAGGACCAGGACAUGGGAAGUGGGAUUGACCAGCCGAAGCAGCAGCAGCAGCAACAGAGUCAAUGGGCGCUGGCGAAAGCGGACGGUGCAGAGGAAGUGGGAGGGUCAGCAGCAGCAGCAGCACGUGUGGGUGAGUUAGAAGAGGAGGUGGAGCGGCAGCAGUGUGUCAUGAUGAAGAUGGAAGCUCUCAUCGCUGCUGCUAACGCUGAGAUGAAGGAUCUGAUAAAGCAGAAAGAAACAGCAAAGGAGGAGCUUCGAGAGGCCGUUGUGAGAGCGGAGAGGGAGCGGGAGAAGGAGAGGGAGAGGGAGAAGGAGAGGGAGAAGGACCGGGAGAAGGUGCGCCAGCAGAGGCUGGAGCAGGAGGAGAAGGAAAAGGAGCUGGAGAGGAGAGAGGCGGAAGUGGAGGGGGGUAUGGGUGAGGUGAAGAGGAGGGAGGUGGCACUGGUGGUGAGGGAACUGAGGGUUGAAGCAGAGGCGGAGGCGCUGGGAAAGGAGAUGGAUAGGCUGGCAGCCAUGGCUGCUGCGAACGCAGAGAAGGCGUGUGAGCUGGAUGAGAAGCGAGAGCUGGUGGAUCAGAGGGAGGAGGCGGUUGGGAGGAGGGAGGCGGAGGUGGAGCGAAAGAUGGAGGAGGUGAGGAGGAGGGAGAGGGAGGUGGAGGAUGUUGUAAGCAGUAAGGGAAGGGAAGCAGAGGAGGAGGCGAAGGCGGAGAGUGAGAGGCUGAAGGUGGAAGUGCAGCGGUUGAGAGAGGAGGUUGAGAGAGCUGAAGAGGGGUUUAGUAAGGCGAAGGAGGAGGUCAAGAGGGCGGAUGAAGAGGUGACUGUGCUUACUGUGCGGGAUGCUGAGAGGGGUGAGGCAGAGGAGAGGCUGAGAAGAGAGGUUGGUAGGCUCGAGAAAGAGAUUGGACAGCUGAAGGAGAGAAUGAAAGAGAGAGAGUGUGAGAGCAGCAAGAUGGGUGAGGUGCUGAGGAGGAGGGAGGCGGAGAUAGAAAGGCAGGAGGAGGAGGUGAAGAAGCGAGUGAAGGAGGUUAUGGAUAAAGCGGCAAGGAUGGAAGAGAUGAGGAGGGAGGCCAAGGCUGGGGCUGAUAAGCGGAGCUCGGAUGUGGAGAUGCGGUGGAGAGAGGUGGAGAUGAAAGAGAAAGAGGUGGACAAGCGGAUGGCUCUGCUGCGGAAGAAAGAGGCAGAGAAGGAGAAGGAGCUAGAGGAGGAGAUGGAGAGAGUGCAAGCGGCUACAGCCCGAGUGGCUAAGGGUUUGGUGGCUAAUGCUGCUAAGGAGGCUGAGUUGGAAGGGAUGAGGCGAGAGGUGGAAGAACAGGGGAAGAAGGUUAGGAAGAUGGAGGAGGAGAUGGGGAUAGUGAUGGAGAGUGUGCGGAAGAAGGAGGAGGAGGUGGUGAGGCGGAUGGGAGAGUUUGAGGAGAGGAUUGAGGCUUUGGCAGUGCGGGAGAGGGAGGUGGAGUGGUGGAAGGAGGAGGCGGAGAGAGUGAGGAAACAGGCUGCUGAAGUGGCUGAGGCAAGGGCUGUGAACGAGGAGAAGGAGAGGGAAAUGGCGGCGUUGAGAGAUGCAGUGAGCGCGAAAGAGGAGGUGAUUCGGGUGAAGGAGGAGGAGAUGAAAGCUAGAGAAGAGGGUGUGAGGGUGGAGAAGGAAGGGGUGAGGGCGAAGGAGGAGGGGAUGAAGGCGAGGGAGGAGGAGCUGGAGAGGCGAGAGGAGGAGGUGGUGUUGUGGGAGGAGGAGCUGAAGAAGGACAAGGAGAAGCUGGCAGAGCAGCUGGCGGGUCAGAGCAAGAGGGAGGCGGAGUGGAAGGAGAAGGAGCGGCAGCUGCAGGAAGAGGUGGAGAGGCUGUUGGUGCUGGUGGAGCAAGCAGGCACAGGAGCAGGAGGAGGGGCAGGAGGAGCAGGAGGAGCAGGAGGAGCAGGGGUAGGGUCGCGGUUUGAAGGGGUUCAGGUAUCGCCAGGGGGGCGUUUUGAGGGGGGGCAGUAUGCAGGGGCGCGUUUUGAGGGGGCAUUAAUGCCAGGGGGGCGACUUGAGGGGGGGCAGAGAGAAGGUGGGGCAUACUUCGAUAGGGCUCUGCGAGAAAAGGCACGGUUCGAGACACUAGCAACGGCAGCAACGGCGGAUAGGGACAGGGUGAUGGGGGUGGUGAGCGGCAUGCUGCGAUCACCAGGCAGCGCCGGGGCUGGAAGGGGCUUGGGCAGGGGCGGAGGGUUGGAUGCAAGGAGUAGUGGGCAUUUGCAGCUGAGGAGGAGUGCGAGUGGCAGCGGGUUUGGUAGCGGGGUUGUGUAUAAGAGUGCAAGCACGAAUGCUCUUUCGCACAAUAUGAGCUUUGGUUCGGCCGCUCAGAGGUCGCCCCGGAUUCCCGGUAGUGCGAGGCCUGGGAGUAGUGGUUCGGGGAGUGGUUCGGGCAGUGGCAUAGGUCUAGGCAUGGGCAUGGAUACAGUUCUGGAGACUGGUGGGCCAACUACUGCAGCCGCCGCCGCAGCAGCAGCAGCAACAGCAAGUGGAGCAUGGGGAGGAGCAGUGGAGGAUAACUACUUGUAUCAGGCCAGCUUUAACAGGUGUGUCUGGGAGUUGACUUAA